AUGGACAUAUCAUUGCCUCAACUCCUCGCAAUAGAAGAUUACGAUGAAAAUGAGGGUAAACUUGCUGCAUCCAUCAGAUGGCUUAUUGCUCGUGUGUAUGAGGAAAGACGAGAUAUGCCCGAUAAAUUGCGAGAUGGUGCCGUGCGCGAUGAAACAGGCCAUUUUAGAAUUAGCGAGGCGGUUAUCGGAGCUCUUUGCAAUGGGUCAUUGUAUGCACAAGCAGCGGCGAAAAUAUUCAAAGAAUCAGCACUCGCUGCGAAAUCUCAAGGAACAGUUCUCGCCGCAUUAACCGAUUAUGGAAUUGACGUGCUCCAUCGAAUUGAAGAUGGAAGUCUUCCUGUUGAAGAGUCGCAACUGACUUCUAAUAACCCGUUCAACAUUUCAGCUCAUCUUGCAAUGAUCGAUGCUUUAAUGAUGGCUCAUCUUCGAGAUGUUGUUCCUGUUAGUAGAGUAGUAGAGGCCGUCAGCCGGCACACUUGUGUUGAGCCCAGCGAAAAACCAAUCGACAUCCGUGAUGACGUUGAGCGCAACGAUAUUGACCUUCUGAUUCCCGAAAUGGAAGAUCUUUAUGAGGAUAUUUCCGACGGUCAAUGCUUAUGUGCACUUAUAUAUUGGUACAGGUCGCAAGAGAUGCCUAUAUCAGAUAUUUCUUUUAAUGAGGCUGCAACAACAAGGGAUUGUCAGUACAAUUUGAUGCUACUACAGCAUUUCUGUCAUCACCAUCUUGCAAGCAAUCCAUUUCAUUUUGAAAUAGAAGAUUUGCUAUAUCUUAGAGAUUCAUUGCAAAUGAACGUCAAUGCGUUUCUUGCUGACCUGUUUCUUCAAUUUGAGCCACCUGUCACUCCAGAAAUUGCUGAAGUACCACGUACUGGACCAUCACCGCGCCGUUUUGUACCAGCAUCAGCGAUAGACUUGAGAGCAGCCAACGUUGCAGCAAGGUCUUCCAUUAAUGUUCGAAAUCGACCAAGAAUGUUGAACUCACACAACGUGCAAGGACAUCACAGUCCCUCACGAACCAUGAGCAGAAUGAGUCAAGACAGUUUAUUUUAUUCUAGGCCAGCUUCAAUAUCUCUACAACGGCGUAGUAUGGAUCAAGAUCCAAAUAUUACUGAUUUCCAAUCGAUCAGACAAGGUUUCGAAAAUCAGGCUGGAUCUGCGCAACUCGCUCGUUAUGAUGGUAGUGCAACUGCGUCAGUUCGUUUGGCAAUGGAGGAAAAACGUAGAAAACACGAGCAACAGCUUGCUCAGAUGACAUCUGCAAACGAAUCAGACCGCCUUGAGAAAAGUAAGGCGGCAUUUUUUGCAUUGAAAAAGAGUGAUGAGCCACAAAAGGAGGAAUGGUUCGACUUUUUUGAAGCUAAACUACGAGCUUUGGAAUUACGUGUGGAAGGUGGAGGAGGUGAAGAUGGUCCACAAUCAUCACGUCUCAAUAGGGCCCUGUCACAACCUAGUGUUGUUCACGGAAGUAAUCCUCAACUUUCUGGAGCAGGGUACAUGACAUUGCCAAUGGGAGGAGCAGGACAAAUGACUCAAUCAUAUGUUCAACAUUCUCAAUCACCUUAUGAUUACUACAUGCCACAACAACAGCAGGGUAAUUAUGCAAGUCCCUCGCAGCUCCGGAACAGUUUAAGCAACGGAAUGCUCAAUCAAGGUAGUUAUCCUAUGCAACCAAUGUAUCCCCCCGAAUAUUACCAACAAAUGCAAAUGCAACAAGGACAAAUACCGAUGCAACCUGUUGGAACAUACACACCGGAAGGAUACUUUAUUCCUCAUCCAAUGCAGCCAAUUCCAAUACCACAAGGAUAUCCACAUGCUGGAAUUCCUUAUAAUGGAAUGCCACCCCAAGCAACACAAAAUGCAUUCAUGGAGAGCCCACAUCAAAUGGGAUAUGUUCAAACUCAGAAUAAGCCGCAACCUUUAGAUGAACCACAACAAUUGAAUCCAAACGCUUUCCAUUUGCACUCUAAAAGCGACGACGCAACGCAACAACAAGCCGAUCCAUCUCUUGAGAUUAAUCGCAAUCUUACUAAUUGGGGAAUGACAGUUAAGCAGGAAACUCCACAACGUAUGCAACGUCGAACAUGGCAAAAUGAAACUUUUAUUAAAAACGAAUUGGAUUUGGUAAACAGCAAAGAUGUUGUUCCACAUGUUACUGAUGAAGUAUGUCAUGGCGUAAACAAUAGAAAUGAACAAGAACAAUCUGGACGUUUCUCGGACGAAAAGGGAGAUGAACAUCUUGCUGAGAUUGGACAACCAUUCGUUGUUGUCGAUGAUGAAGAAUCAAGCGAAAAUCUUGAAAAAAUCGCAAAUGAACGAAGAAAUGCUCGCAAGGCAGCGCUAAUUGCAAAAACAAUGAAAAGGAAAGAAGAAAUUGAAUCAAAAGUCGACAUGGCAGAGCAAAGAAGUGCUGAAAGGCGUCAACUGGAAAUGGAAAAGAAAGAAUUGGCUUUGCAAAAGAAAUUGGAAAAAGAACUGCAGCGUCAAAAAAUUCUUGAAGAGUAUAAACGCAAAAAAGCUGAGAAAGAACUCGGUGCUGAAAUUUCCUCAGCUAGAUCGACCAGCAGAGGCCAUUCUCAACCACCGUUUAUUAGAACGAAGAGCCAAUUGAGCGAAUCAACUGAUUCGAAACAAAGUACGCCACGAGUUCGAGGGCAAUCAUCAGUGGAGCAGAGAAUUUCUGCCGUGAGCAGUUUGGGAGAACCAACGCAUAAAUUGUUCGCGAAAGCAGUUUCAAAAUCUAACCGAGGUUUGAUCAACAAUGCUUUGCAAUUCAGCGUAUUUCCUGGUGCUGUGAACAAUGCAACAAGACAAGCUACGAUUGCACAAAUGGCUGCAUCAAGCUCCAAACAUUUCUUGAUUUUGUUCAGAGACCAAAAAUGUCAGUAUAGAGGAUUGUACACUUGGGACGAGGUUUCCGAUACUGCUGUCAAAAUAUCAGGCCAGGGACCUCCAAAGUGUACAGAAUCAAUGAUGAGCAUGAUGUUUAAAUACGACUCGGGAGCCAAAAGUUUCACGCAAAUCGCAACAAAGCAUCUCUCGGCAACAAUUGACGGAUUUGCCAUUCUCGAUCAGUAUUGGCAAAAAGCUCGUAUUCCUCAUUCGGGAAAUCAAACGCACCGGAAUAAUUAA